AUGUCAUCGUCAUCAGUCUCUGACGGAAUUCUCAAAUUUGCUACACAAUACUCGAUUUAUAGUGGUUUUAUUGUAUUUAGUUUUGGAGUUAUUGGUAAUGUGUUGAAUCUUCUUGUUUUUACUCAAUUGAAACUAUUUCGAACUAAUCGAUGCACCUUCUAUAUAACUAUUGAAUCAAUUUCCAACUUAAUUUAUCAAUUUUUCUCCAUUAGUUUAACUAUGUUAAUAACAAUAUAUGGAGAUGAUGCAACAGAACGUUCUUCAAUUUGGUGUAAAUUAAGAUAUAUAUUGGUACAAAUAUGUGCGCUCACUACUUGUUAUAUGAUAUGUUUUUCUGCUGUUGAUCAAUUCUUUUCGACAAAUCAUCGUUACAAUUUAAGACAAAUGUGCACAUUGCAAUUAGGUCGAUAUGCUUCGUUUAUAUGCAUUUGUUUUGCGAUCAUUCAUAGCAUUGCACUUGGCUCUUCUUAUGAUAUUCAGCCAAUAUUGGGAUGUGUCAUAUCGAAUUAUGUAUGGAUGAAGUAUUCAACAUUUUUCUUUUAUCCAAUAUUAAUAGGUUUUCUACCUAUUGUAAUUGCAUCAUCAUUUAGUGUCUUGGCUUAUCGUAAUGUUCGUCAUUUAGUUCGCCGACAAUUACCAGUUGUUCGUCGUAAAUUAGAGAAACAAAUAACAGCAAUGGUUCUUAUGCGUGUAAUUGCCUUCAUUUGUUUAACGCUACCUUAUAAUGCUUAUCGUAUUUAUGCCAUUAAUUUUCCCAUAUCACCAAGUGUGCGUAUGGCAUAUGCAAUUGGUCGAUUGAUUCAAGCAAUUCUUCUCUCCAUUCUUACUACAAAUUAUAUUAUCAACUUUUAUAUUUUUCUAAUAUUCUCAUCACGUUUUCGUCAUCAAGUAAAAUUUAUUCUAGUAAAAAAAUGUUGGCAACGAUGCAAAUAUUGGUGUUGCUUCAUAAAUAAUCGAAUUGAACCGGACAACAAUUUAGAAACACGUGAUACACAGAUAGACUCCGAGGAACAUAUCUAA